AUGUCCACGGGUCCCAGGAAGUGGGCGGCCCACACUCGGCCAGGGAAGCGGCUGCGCUUCGGUGCGGGUUUCAUCACGGACGCCCAGCCUCACCCCAAGCCCCUCCCCCUCUCCCGGAGCCCGGCCUGCCCCUCACACGACCAGCCGCGGCCCCGCCGGGAUCUCCGCACCGAGGCCCGGGCACUGCCAGGCCCUGAAUGGUCCUCGGCGGGAACGGUACCCACGGGCGGGAACCACCGUCUGGCCCCGGGGCGGCCGGGGUACCACCGUCCCCCGACCCGUCCGCCUGCUCACCGGGUCUCGGGUCUCAGGAGUCACAUGAUCCGGCCGAGGGCGCGACGGCAGCGACCACGCCACAGCCAGCCCUGCGCCCGUCCCUCGGGUAGGCUUCCUCGGACUCUUGAAGGAAUAUGCGGCCCCGCGGGGUUCUGCAGAUUCGGCGUUCUCUCGGCCCGCACACUCGUUCUCUCUUUAAGCACACAGAGCGGGAAAACACGGGGCAGAGUCCUUCAGAGCCACGCCGUUUGGGCCACCGUGAAAGCAGGGAACCGCAGCCACCCCAAGCUACAAUCAAGGUCUGCUUCAACGUGGUUAUUCCCUAAAGAGAGAGGCCAGACCACUGCGAGUCCUGAGAGGUGCGGGGGAGAGAAGCUUCGAACAGUGGUUUUUCACCAAGAGGUGUCGAAAGUGAUUGCUGAGGCAUCAGCGGGCUUGCUGAGGGCACGGCCAGACCCAACAGAUGGAAGCUGCGAGGAGACCAAUUUAGACGUGAUUGGGGAGGUGCCAGUCAAGAAAAGCUACAACGUCCAGUGGGAUGUAAACAUCAACACUGGAUUUUCAUACCGCCUCAGAGAAUGGCCUCGUUCUGGAUAUCAGCAUUGCCAAAGUGGAUGCCAUUGUAUUAGAGAUUAUAAUUGGCAAGGGGAAUCUUCUGAUAAAGGAAGACCGCUUCGGGGAACAAACACACCCCCAAAUGAGAAGGCAUCAAUAUACCAGAGAAACCCGCGCAGUCUGAACAGACACGGAGUUCUUACGGAUCGUCAGGUCCUCUGAGGUCGCGGCUGGGCUUUAAUGCUGGCCUUACCCUCAGUCUCCUGUAUUUCAUCACUGUAUCCCCACCUCCGCGGUCACAGCGGAACCUUCAAUAGCCUCAUGCCCACCGGCGAGCUUUUUGAGGAGCACCGAAGUGUGAGGAACUCUUUCGCAAAUUGUGUUCAUUCUUCCACAGACCAGGCCCAGGUAUUGACCUGGGACUUCCGUUCUCCUCUGUGUGUGGAUUUUCCUGACUUCAGACAAUUGUCCUUGGUAGGACCUCAGUGACAGCUGAUUCAGGAUCAGUGAUGAGCUGGUCGUAGCUGACGCAGGCCGAAAAGAAUUCCUAUAGUAAAUGUGAGAGUUCAUGCAGUUUCUCCAGAUGGGGCUUGGAGAGUUUGUUUCAUUAGUAGGUUUUUCAGACUGUCUUUGCUCUUCAUGAACGCUGGCAUGUCAUUUCCUCUUCAGACAAAACUUCUGCCUCUGGUGCAUGUAGCUCUAUCGUGGGGUCUUGGGGGAAGCAGGCUAGCUUCAGGUGGAGGCUUCUGGCAUGUCAUUUCGCACCUCUGUGUCCUGAUAUGUCUUCUUUUACUGGUUUAUUUUGAUCAGUUUAUCUUGAGCAAGUGUUCCUCACUAAAGGCAGAUGGAUAGAGCAUUUUCCCCCAGAGGAGGCAGCAGCCACGUCUCCUCUGGGGAAGAAUCCAUGAUCGGUCUGGUUUGGAGGGUACCAUCAAGCACUCUACCCCAGGGGCCAGCCAGCAAGUGUGGGCAUCUGCGGGGGCCCUCUUCUGAUCCAGGUGAGCGCUGGAGUUUCCCCAUUCAUUUCCAGAGUCACAGAAGGCAGACAUCCUUGCGAGGGUUGUCUGAGCAAUGUCACCCUUUGCCAAUGGAAGGCCAGGGGCUCUGUCUAGCAACUUUAUGCAAGCCCAAGAUGCAAGAGAGCACAAAAUGGGAAGACUUUCUAAAAACCCUUUUUUUCCUAGUUUUAGGCCUUUUUAUAAGACUAUGCAUGCCGAUUUUUGUUGGGAAAACAUGUUUAAGAAACUUACCCCUCUUGGGGACUGAAAUCUGUGUGGGUGGUUUAAACUGUCUGCUUUCUUGACCCACUGUGCUGGUGGUUGGAAGCAGUUUUGUUUUUUUAAAAUAUUUUUAAGAGAGAAAGUGAGCAAGCAGGGGAAGGGGCAGAGAGAGGGGGACAGAGGAUCUGAAACGGGUUCUGCUCUGAUAGCAGUGAGCCCAAUGCGGGGCUUGAACUCAUGAACCACAAGAUCAUGACCUGAGCUGAAGUCAGUCACUCAGCUGACUGCGCCACCUGGGUCCACACCGGGAGCAGUUUUCUGUGUGGACCGCGUUGACCACACCGUCUCUCUGGACGGAGCUCAUACUUCUGUUGCAGAAUUAUUCUAUAGCAGUAACAAAAGUUCCUCUGUAUCUGUCAAAGGCAAUGUAAACUUCAUCUCUUCUAACACCUACAGCAGUUGCAGGGAAGAUCAGAUAGGGUUCUUUUUGUCUAGCGCUUCAAAUUUCACUCCCCUCUUAAAUUAUUUAAGGCUGGCUUUGGUAGUUGCUUCCUAAAGAAGGUCAAAUUGUGGUUUCAGAUCCAUUUAGAAUUCAUAAAAGGAACAUUGGCUGAGCUGACACAUUCAUCUGGAACUCGAGGAAGGCUAAAGCAAAGCCCUAUUUAUACCCCCACGUGUCCCAACAGGUUGUGUGUCCAAGCAACCUAUAGGCCUCCUAAAGUCAUUUCCAUUGUCACUGUGAUCCAGUGCUAACUGUGAUCUGGCACCUGUAAUUCCGACAACUGUAGCAGUACAUGCUGAAGAAACAGUGUGAAGGUAACACACUUCUCUUUCAAACUAGCUUUGAAAUCGUUAAGCCUGAGGAAUCUUGUACUGUCUGAAAUACUGGGAAGGAGCACACAAAGAUCCUGCCUCUUUCCAGAAAUUGUUCCACUGGAAAUUAUCAUUUUUCACAGGAGAUAUUCUCGACUGUCCUUCUUGACAGUCUAAUGAUCUUAAUACUUUCCCUAUGGUAAGCCUUUUCUGGCGUUUUCUCAUUAAUGGCAGUGGGCAAAGCAUGGUUCUCUCCCAGGGUCCAUUUGGCAUGGGAAUUCAAUGUACCGCCGCCAUAUUUCAGGGUCUAAGCACAGAGCCCAGGCCUAAUGUUUUUUACAGCUUUACUGAGGUAUAAUUGACAUACAAUAAACUUCACAUAUUUAAAGUGUA